AUCCGCUUCCUUGGAUGGGUGGGUAGGGGAUGAUGGGAGUGGAAGCCUCCCUGGUCGAGACACUCUCUUUUCUUUCCUACCUUGCCAUCAACAAGCUCCAGCAUCCAUCCAUUGCGCCUCCCCUCUCUCCCUCCCCCCUUCCCAGCAGCAGCAAGCAUGACCGUCGCGAAUGAGAUCUCCCACGGCGAGAGGCCCAUCCACAAGCCUAACAAGUUUGUCGUCUUCUGGAUUGCCUGCUCGUCCAUCGUCGUCUUCUGGGACCUUUCAUUCCUCUUUGCGCGACCUCACUCGUUCAAGUCCAUGAACGGGAAGCUUGCCUUCCUCUGGCCCGGCUACGACCUCUACGAGUUCAUCGACAAGGUCUACUCAGUCUCAUCCUGGGAGAAGAAGCUCGGCUUCCCUGCCGCCCAAGCCACGAUGAACGUCGUAGAGAACCUCGUCAACUUCCUUUACCUCUACCUCGCCCACUCGGACGAUGACGCUAAGCGUGCCUCUGCGCCCGUCGCUGGACUGGUCGGAGUCACGAUGACUUGCUCAAAGACGAUUCUCUACUUCCUCUGCGACUAUUACUGUGGAAUGUGCGAGUCAGGGAGCAACGACUGGAGGACGUGGUUGACGCUUUACAUCCUGCCCAACUGCCUUUGGGUGCUCAUCCCGGGUACGCUCGCUGUCUACUUUGGCAUGGACAUCGCUGACCGCCUCAAGUUGGCAGCUGGCGUCAGUGGCUCGCCGUACGGCUAUGGACCGGCCAGCAGCACGAGGAGCAGGGUAGCCAGCUCCAACAACAAGAAGACCAAGUGAGAGGGUAGGCGGGCAGGCGGGCAGGCCAGCCUAGAUGUCCCUAUGGCUGUCGAGCAUUGGCGCGCUCCCCUUGUGAUUGGGAGGUGUCGGCGCGCUCCCCUUGUGAUCGGUCGUGCGACACCUCCAACUACCCCUCCUCAUACUCAAUCUCGCCCCCCCCCCCUGUGCGUGUCACGCGUCACGUCCGCGCUCAAGAUGGCUGCCACCGCUCUUGCACGCUCCUCCAUCAUCUCUACCUCAGACC